ACGCGAUAUCCGUCACUCAUCACUGUAUUCCCCUCCAUUUCGUAAGCCAAUUUAUGUUUUGAUUUCAAGUGUUUUAUUAUUUUAUUUCGUUAGGAAUUUAUUUAAUUUCAACUUAUUCACACAAUAAAAAUGACUUGGGGAUUCGUAACGUGUGGCCCAAAUGAGGCACUUGUAGUUUCUGGAUGUUGUUACUCGAAGCCGCUCCUCGUGCCUGGGGGUCGCGCGUUCGUGUGGCCGGCUAUACAGCGCGUACAGAGAAUAUCUCUGAACACAAUGACCUUGCAAGUUGAGUCGCCCACUGUGUACACAAGCCAGGGCGUGCCCAUAUCGGUGACGGGCAUCGCACAGGUAAAAAUACAAGGUCAAAAUGCAGAGAUGCUUUUGUCAGCUUGUGAACAGUUCCUUGGAAAAUCAGAACAGGAAAUUCAGCAUAUAGCCCUAGUGACCCUCGAAGGUCACCAGCGAGCUAUAAUGGGAUCCAUGACGGUUGAGGAAAUAUAUAAAGACAGAAAAAUAUUUUCGAAAAAGGUAUUUGAGGUGGCAUCCAGUGACCUCAUUAAUAUGGGAAUAACAGUUGUAUCCUACACACUCAAAGAUAUCCGAGAUGAAGAGGGGUAUCUAAAAGCGUUAGGUAUGGCUCGAACCGCGGAGGUGAAACGCGACGCUCGUAUCGGCGAAGCGGAGGCUCAAGCUGAAGCCAGGAUUAAAGAAGCAAUGGCCGAGGAACAGAGGAUGGCAGCCAGGUUCCUUAAUGAUACCGAAAUAUCGAAGGCACAGAGAGAUUUCGAACUCAAAAAAGCAGCUUAUGAUGUCGAAGUUCAGACUACUAAGGCGGAAGCUGAAAUGGCGUACGAGUUGCAAGCGGCGAAAACGAAACAGCGCAUCAAGGAGGAGCAAAUGCAGAUUGCAGUUGUGGAGCGAUCCCAAGAGAUCAACGUACAGAAGUGGGAAGUGCAGCGGCGGGAGAAGGAGCUAGAGGCCACUAUACGCAGGCCUGCAGAAGCAGAGAAGUUCAGGCUAGAAAAACUCGCCGAAGCGCACAGACUGAAGACUGUUCUUGAAGCUGAAGCCGAGGCUGAGGCAGUUAAAGUCCGUGGAGAGGCUGAAGCAUACGCGAUCAAGGCGAAGGCGGUGGCCGACGCGGAACAAAUGGCGAAGAAGGCAGACGCGUGGAAGGAAUACGGUUCCGCUGCUAUGGUUGAUAUGAUGCUUGAGACCUUACCCAGAGUGGCAGCAGAAGUAGCGGCGCCAUUAUCGCAAGCGCGCAAAGUGACCAUGGUGUCCUGUGGCGGCGGUGAAGUGGGCGCUGCGAAGCUCACCGGCGAAGUGCUGAGCAUCGUGCAGUGUAUACCCGAGCUUGUGAAGGGGGUUACGGGUGUGGAUAUAUCCAAGAUCAAGGGUAUCAGCGCCGCAUAAGCAGUCUGUAAGUAGAAGUAAAGAGUGUGUACUAGCUUCGAGUGGAAUAAACGUACCGAAAUAAUUAUAUAUUCUAUACUUCCAACGAUUUAAGUGCUACUUCCUACAUACUAUGUACAAAUAAAUUUAAUUAAAGCUAGAUCAGGUUAUUGCGUCGAUGUUUUGAUUAUUAUUAUAUCAUUGUAAUUUGUAAGUAUUCUGCAAUAUUGAAGCCAGUAUUUAUUAGUGCAGGUACGGCUAUUAAGGAUGCGUUGACAGCUCGGUGGGCGUAGAACGAAUGAUUUGUUGAAGCGUUAAAUUAAUUACGACCAAUCGCCUAAAUGUUCUCAAUGUAGUUUACUGAAAUGACUGUUAUACUAAUGAAGAAAAAAGUAAUAAAAAACUUAUAUUUUUUUAUUUAGCUAACUGUCGUUAGGGUAUUAAGACAAUUUGGUGUUCAUAAGGCAGUUUAGAUACUCUUACGGUAACUGUGCAUUGGUAGACAUUUUUCUUUUUACGUUUUGUAAUGAGAUGUAUACUAUAAUAAUUAUAUUUUACUAUGAAUGAAGUAGGAUAAAGCGCUAGUUUAGGCUAUGGAGUAGGUAAUUGGGGGAGGACACGGAUUGCGAAAUCUCAUACUAUAUUUCGAUUAGGUAAAAAAGCUUUUAUAUUAUUAAGGCAGAGUCGGCGUAGCAAAAUUAUAAUUAUUAAAUACCUAUGAUAAUAACAGAAUACCAGGAUGUGAUUCAGCAAUUCAAUCGAAUCGUAAUUUUUUAUGUAUUAUUACGUGCGAGCUUUGAUAGAAACGAAAUAGCGGAAGAUACGACACGUCCAUAGAGUAAUCAAAUGCAAAAUGUCAAUGCACAACAUGAACGCACACUGACACGGCUAUGAUUCAAUUAACGCUGCCGAAUCACUGUGGAACCACGGAGUGAAACACAGUUAUUUUUCUUUUUAAAUUAUAUUUUACUUACCUGUAAAAUAAUUAAACAACUAUAAUUCCUAAUAGUUUGGUGGUUCCUACUCAAAAUAAUAUGUCAGUGUAUAAAUAAUUUAAUUUUCCUAUUAUUUUUAAAGGUGAGACUUUCCGGAUACCGAAUAGCUAGUAUUCGGCGGGAUAGGCAUCCGGCCAGGGUUUUUGUAUAAUCCAUUUAAAAUCACAAAAAUGUCUGAGGAAUAAUUUUAAGAACUGCAAUGAAAUUGUAACUGAAUGCCAUUUGUUGAUAGAGCCUGAGUUAAGCUUUAUACGAGGUAUCGCCUUCUAUAUUCCGAUGUUUUGAUUUUAUCAAAGCGUGCGAGUGAACUAGCGCUUUUAAUUCCAUUGGUAAAGUUUUGCUAAAAUAACAUUUUAAUGUAAUAAUUUUAAUAUAUAAUACCUAUUAAAUUUAAAUAUUUAUGAUAAACUUGACGUUUUUUCAUUAUUAUCGGAAUCACACUUUCAUUUGUAAUUAUCAUAGUUUGUAGGAUAGAUACAUUCUACUUAAUUCUCAGUAAUUCACUAAGAAAGAGUAAUUUUUUAUAUUUUUAUACGAAAUUACUCUUAUUAAAACUACACCUAAAUAUACAAAUUAUUAUACUCAAGAAGGGUACGUUUUAUUUUCUCCAUUUGGUUGUUUAUGAAAUUAUUUGGAAUCUCCAACUUUAUUCAUUCUCGAUCUGUACAAUGUACAUGUAACGAGCAUUAAUACAAAACAUUUUUUCGUUAUUUAAAAUGCCUAUACAUAGAAAAUUGUAUCGUUUGUUACAUUGACUAUUGUUCUGUAUAUGGUGAUAGAAACAUUAAAUACCUUUGCUUAGGACUACAUGUGAAUGUACCUACUAUAGUAACUCGAAUUUCAACUUAGCCUAAACCAAAUCAAAUGUUUUGUAUAAAUACGAUUUCUUUCAUGGAUCCGGUGCCAUAUUAUAAAGUAGUUAAUAGUUAUAAUUAUUAUUUAUUCCUUGUUAUUUUUCUUUUAUAGUUUUAAGCAUCAUUUUAAUAUUGUACCUACUAAUUUAUUCAAGUAGCGCCUAUACUUUGUUUGGAAACAAACAAUUUAUCGAGGUGCUUAUGUUCGUAACUUAUGAAUAUUUUUGCACAAAUUGUUUACGAUUACCACCGAAUGUAUGUAUUAAUCGAACUAACCAAAUUUGUUAUGUGAGUUAUUAUUUUCCACUUUGUACAAAUAUAGUUUGUAAAAUCCAACCGUACAUGGUGGUCGGUGUCGUUGAGUGGAGAGUGGACAGGCCGACAAUGGCGGAGAUGUUACUGAGAGGGAUGUGAGGUGGAACAUAAUAAUUAACUUUGCGUGUGAACAACGGUUUUGCUAAAUAAUUUUCCAUAGAUGUACGGCGUUAAGUACUAAGAAAUUGUUGCACUGAGAGUGGCACAAUUCUUAUCUGUGUGUUUCACAUUUUUAUUCAUGUGUAUUGACGUGGUUUCUAUUCGUAUUAUAUUCAGCAAAAAUUGCUA